AUGGAAGAACCGAAACCAAUUUCGGCGACGAGGGCUUACAUCCGCAUCUUCACCUACCUCGGGCCCAAGGAGAUCAUUCUUGAGGCCAUUGCUGUCGCCGCCGCAACGAUUUCAGGUUCCGGACUUGCCCUUGUGAACCUUGUUCUUGGACGAUUGAUUACGGUCAUCACGAACUAUAUCUCCGGCCUCUCAACAAAGGAACAAUUCAUGGAAGAUGUCACCAAGCAUUGUUUUUACUUCAUUUACAUUGGUGCAGGACGUCUGGUCUGCACUUACAUUUAUAUGACGCUUUCGACCUACUCGGCCUUCCACAUGGUGCGCAAUUUGCGCCGUCAGUUCUUGCGGGCGGCGCUCAGCCAGAACAUCUCAUACUUCGACAUGAAUUCGAACUCCAUCUCAACACAGGCGUCGACUAACGGAAACCUCAUACAAUCGGGCGUUGCUGAGAAGUUAAUGAUAUGCUUUCAAGCCAUGAGCACCUUCGUGUCGGCCUUCAUCAUCGCCUUCACAUCGUACUGGAAACUGACGCUGAUUUUGCUCUGCGUACCCCCGGCACUCAUGAUCGUGAUCGGCAUUGUGGCUACGCUGGAGGCCAAAAUUGAAACAGACAUGCUCAGCAUCUUUUCUGAGGCUUCUUCGUUUGCGGAGAGCCUGAUAUCGACUCUUCGUACGGUGCAGGCCUUUGGAAGUCGAGAGACGCUUAUGUCCCACUACGAGACGUUUCUCAACAAGGCACAAAAGAUGGGCGCGAAGAAGAGUCCGUUGUAUGGAGUCCUGUUCAGCAUGGAAUACUCCAUCAUGUACUCGGCAAUUGGGCUUGCCUUUUGGCAAGGAACCAAGAUGAUUUCGCGGAAUGAGGUGGCAGACGUCGGGACAGUCUUCAUUGUCAUCAUGUCCGUCAUAGUCGCAACACUGACUUUCACCAUUAUUGCGCCCUACAUGAUUACAUUCCAACGAGCUGGGACGGCUGCUACCCAAUUAUUCUCUCUCAUAGACAGAGAUACUCAAAUGGACCCCUUCGAUCAGUGGUCCGGAGAAAGGCCGGCCGAUGUAUUUGUGAGCGGAGAGAUCGAGAUGCAAAACAUUACCUUCAGUUAUCCUACCCGCCCAGAGGUGGCAGUUCUGGACAAUUACACUCUCAAGAUCCCCGCCGGAAGAGUCACUGCUCUUGUGGGCGCUAGCGGGUCAGGUAAAAGCACCAUUGUCGGUCUUCUGGAGCGGUGGUACGAGCCCUCCGCCGGAACAAUCACCUUAGACGGGAUUCCCAUUGAAGAUUUUAACCUGACAUGGCUAAGAACCCAUGUCAGACUUGUUCAGCAAGAACCGGUUCUUUUCAAUGGGACCGUGUUCGAGAACAUCGCCAACGGGCUAGUGGGGACUAGGUGGGAGUAUGCUUCAGCGACAGAACAGCAAGAACGAGUUGAAAAUGCCGCCAGGCUAGCCUUCGCCCACGACUUCAUCACGGAGAAGCUUCCAGAGGGCUACAGUACUAUUAUUGGUGAGCGAGGGGGUCUUCUUUCCGGCGGCCAGAAGCAAAGAAUUGCUAUAGCCAGAAGCAUCAUCUCUGAGCCCAAGAUUCUCCUCCUCGACGAGGCUACCAGCGCACUGGAUCCUCACGCUGAGGGGAUUGUCCAAAAGGCCUUAGAGAGUGUUUCAAAGGGUCGCACAACUAUUGUCAUUGCUCACAAACUGGCAACAAUUAGGAAGGCGGAUAAUAUUGUCGUCAUGAAUAGUGGUCGCAUUGUCGAGCAAGGAACUCACCAGUGGCUUCUGAAGAAGCGGGGAGCUUAUGCGCGGUUGGUCCAAGUCCAGGAUCUCACGGUCCAUGCGAAGGAAUCGUCGAGACAGUCGCAAAUCGAGUCGACUGGGGCUAUCAUCGACAAAGAGACUGCUCUUGAGCCUGGUCUGUUGUCCGAGGCUGGUAUCGUUGAGCAGCGGCAGCCAUUGGCGUCGGCAAGUCAAUACGACUUUGACCAAGUCCGCGAAAGAGGUUUGGUCAGUGGUGUUGUGUCUCUGAUGAGAGAAAACCCCGAACUAAAAUGGUACUUUGCGGUCAUUGGGGUGACGUGUAUUCUUGGCGCUGGUGCGUUACCUGGCCAGUCGAUAUUGAUGGCUCGAGUUAUGGAUGUCUUCAGACUCGAGCCUCAUAGGUUGGGCGAGCGUGGCGCUUUCUACUCCCUCAUGUUCUUCGUCUUGGGUCUAGGGACCUUCGUCAACUACUUCACUCUCGGAUACGCUACCAACGCAGCCUCUCAAAAGAUGCUCGUGAAGUAUCGGAAGGACCUCCUCAACGGUCUCCUCAAACAAGACAUGGUGUUUUUUGACCGUCCAGAAAAUACGAUUGGGUCUCUCACCGGAAGGAUCGAUACCGUCGCCCAAGCCAUGUUGGAGCUCAUGAGCGUCAACGUCGUGUUGAUCGUGAUUACAAUGAUAACGAUAAUUGCUUGUGCAACUUUGUCUAUAGUCACCUCGUGGAAGCUCGGUCUUGUCGGCGUCUUUGCAGGUCUUAUUCCUCUUUCGCUGGGGGGAUACGCUCGCAUUCGUUUGGAGAUGAGGAUGGACCAAAGUAAUCAGAAGCGCUUCUCGGAGAGCGCCGCAAUCGCAUCCGAGUCGAUUCUGGCAAUUCGAACAGUUUCCAGUCUCGCCAUCGAGGGUCGCGUCCUUGAUCGCUACACGGAGGGGCUAGAUCAAGCUAUUCGCCAAUCCAUUUUGCCUCUGUUCCACAUGAUGCUGUGGUUCAGCUUCACACAAUCUGUGGAGUACUUCAUCCUGGCCCUCGGUUUCUGGUGGGGUUGCACGCUUGUCAAAGACUCGCAAAUCUCAUUCUAUCAGUUCUUUGUCAGUUUCAUGGGCGUAUUUUUCGCUGGCAAUCUUGCCAGCACCUUGUUCUCUUAUACCAGUAGCAUCACCAAAGGGAAGGGGGCCACCCAUUUCUACCUGUGGGUGAAGUCAUUGCAACCAACAGUGCAGGAGACCCAGGAGAACCGGUCAAUUGUGCCACAGCGGGCGGUCGAGACUAUCGACAUGGACAGCGUCAAGUUCAGCUAUCCCCUACGUCCGGACGUCCAGGUCUUGAAGGGUGCCAAUCUCAACAUUCGGUCGGGAGAGUUCGUGGCUUUGGUCGGGGCUUCUGGCUGUGGCAAGAGCACCAUCAUUUCGCUCCUGGAACGUUUUUAUGAUCCGACAUCCGGCAACAUCAGGGUUGAUGGGGCUCAACUUAUUGAUAUGAACCCCGAUGCUUACCGAUCUCGUGUCUCACUGGUGCAGCAGGAACCGACGUUGUACCCGACUAGCAUCCGAGCAAAUGUACUUAUGGGCUUAAAGUCGGACCCAUCAACCACUACAGAGUCUGAAAACGACGCUGUCGAGAAGGCACUUCGCGCAGCCAACGCUUGGGACUUUGUCAGCUCCCUCCCCGAAGGUGUCAACACCCUAUGCGGCACAAACGGAUCGCAGCUGUCUGGAGGCCAAAGACAACGCAUCGCCAUUGCUCGCGCACUCAUUCGGAAACCUCGACUUCUGCUCCUGGAUGAGGCUACCUCAGCGCUUGACACUGAGUCUGAAAAGAUUGUGCAGAAUGCACUUGCCGACUCAGACGUGGGCAAUCGAGCAACAGUGGCAGUUGCACAUCGAUUGAGUACAAUCAAAGAUGCUGAUCGGAUUUAUGUUUUCAGUGGCGGGCGCAUCUUGGAGCAAGGCACGCACAGUGAACUGUUGAGGUAUGGAGGGCUUUAUAAACGGUUGUGUGAAGCGCAAAGCCUCGGAUCAUAG